GAAUAUAUAUUGUCAAAAAUGUUGUCUCCAUGUGAUUAGCCAUAGAAAAAAUGAACAGGUUUGCUUUCCAACUAGUUAUUUCCAUGCAAAAACAGUUUAUUCUGUGACCACGCCAGGGUACCAAUAAGAAUUUGCCUUCCUUCAAUCCGAACAGACGUCAAACAAUAUCAUCGGACGCCUCAGCCGCCACAAACCAUGGUGGGUUCUUCUUCCGACUAGCAUAUAGUGAUGCUUCCCAUGAUGGCUCACGGCCAUCUCAUCCCAUUCCUCGCACUUGCAAGAGAAAUCCACCGACGGAAAGGCUUCACCAUCACCAUGGCAAGCACCCCUCUCAACAUCCAGUACCUCAGAUCCACAGCCGUAUCAGAGAUUCGCCUCGUAGAGCUCCCUUUUCGCAGCGCUGAACACGGCCUUCCGCCCGAUACCGAGAACACCGAGAACUUGCCCUUGGAUCAAAUCAUCAAUAUUUUUAGAGCGUCAGAGAGCCUCGAAGCUCCAGUCCAGAGCAUGGGCACUGUAAACGUCACUUUUUGGACAGGGGGCGCCUAUGGCACCCUGGCGUACAUAUCUCUGUGGAUGAAUCUUCCACAUCGGGAAUCACAGUCAGAAGAAUUCACCUUACCAGGAUUCCCCGAUAGGGUUCGUUUCCAUAUCUCGCAAUUGCAUCGGUUUUUGAGAAUGGCGGACAGAACCGAUUCAUGGUCAAGAUUCUUUCAGCCGCAGAUUUCAAAAUCUUUGCAGUCAUUCGGGUGUUUGUGCAACACUGUUGAAGAGAUUGAGCCUAUUGCACUUGAAUGGUUGAGAAAAUACAUGAAAAUCCCUGUUUGGCCAAUUGGUCCUCUGCUUCCUUCGGCUCUGUUAAACAAGUCAUCUUCUUCGGCUGGGUAUUUUUACCAACACCGAGCGGGCAAACAACCAGGGAUCUCUGUAGAAAACUGUAUCAAGUGGCUUGAUUUUCAGAAACCUGAUUCGGUUCUUUACAUAUCGUUUGGAUCACAAAACACAAUCAGUCAAGCACAGAUGAAAGCGUUAGCUUCUGGUUUGGAAGAGAGCGGCGUUCGGUUCAUCUGGGUCAUAAGACCUCCGCUGGGCUUCGACCUGAGAGGGGCAUUUAAACCAGAAUGGCUACCGGCUGGAUUCGAAGAGAGGACGAGGGAGAAAAAACAGGGUUUGUUGGUGAAAAACUGGGCGCCCCAGUUGGAUAUUUUGUCACACAAAUCAACCGGCGCAUUUGUGAGUCAUUGCGGGUGGAAUUCAAUGGAUGAAGAUGAGGAAGGCAUAGGUGCUGGGUUCGAUUUCGAACCCAGCAAGCAAUCGAACCUAGCAGCCGCUGGGUUCCUGCAGGUGCUGGGUUCGAAAUCGAACCCAGCAAGCACUGUGUUCAAGCUGGGUUCCUGCAGGUGCUGAGUUUGAUUUGAACCCAACAGGCAUUGGGUUCCGUUUCGAACCCAGCAACCGUUGGGUGAAUGGAUCUGUUGAGUUCCAUUUGUUUAUUAAUCUCUUGUCUGUUGGGUUCUGUUUCAAAUCCAGCAGUCGUUGGGUCAAUGGAUCUGUUGAGUUCGAUCUAUUUAUGGAUUUGUUAUUUGUUGUGUUAUCCUCAUAUUUUUGCAGGUUCUAGAUUCAAUUUUAAACCUAGCAAGCGUUGGGUUUUGUUUCCAACCCAACUGUAGUUGGAUCGAAAGAUCUAUUGAUUUUUAUUUGUUGGUUUGUUGUAUUAUUCUCAGAUUUAAUAUUAGGAAAUGUUAGGGUUUGCAAAAGGUGAAAGGAAAGGGAGAGGAAGAAGAAAGGGCAAAAAGAAAAACAAAGAAAGAAAAAAAAAAUUUUUUU